AUGCCAAAACAGUGUACACACUGUAGUGGUCAGCAGGGAGAUGGUGAAAAUAAGGGUGACUGUCCAUUACUUAUUGCUGCGUAUGUACUUGCUGGACUUGCUAUGAUGCUUAACAUUAGACUUUCAUAUAGUUCUGCUCCAUAUGCACUCAUUAGAUUCCAGUUACCUGAGAAUCUAUUCAGUGUGUUUGUUAGAAGAAUGGCUAGUUCAUUGGAACUUUGGUGUCUACCCAGCAUGGCAUUGGGUAACAUAUGGGAUGUCUAUUACAAAAAAAUUAUCUACGUAGGCACCGGCGGAGACUUCAACCCUCCCAAACCCGAAGACAGAACCUCUAAGUUCAAAUGGAUCAUUGUUCCUUCAAUUAUCUCUCAGUGGUUAAACUUUCUAACCUAUGUAAUAUUACUGGUUGUUUACCUGAUGGGUGGAGAUUAUGGUCAUCUAACUACAUUCUACUUUGUUAUUGCAAUAUCAGGAUUUGUGUUUGGUAUCAACAUGGUGCUGUUGUAUUCUGUUGACUUCUACUAUAUACCUGUAUAUAUUGUUGGUGAGAACUCAUUUCCAGCGCUGACCUCAUUCAUACACUACGUAAGUACUCUGAUAUUUGGUAACAGGAGGAAGUGGAACAGUGAUUUCCUACUUGUAGGGAUUGAUAUUGUGGUUGCAAUAAUAAUCUCCUUUGUGGCGGCCAUGGUAUGGAGCAUAGGAUACGGCCACUUUGCUGGAAAUAAUAUUUCUACUGGUGAUCUGAAACACGUCCAUGCAUUUGGAUUCUCAGGCAGUUUAAACCCAGAAGCCACCUCACCAUUUCUAAUGAUAGUUGUCGGCAUGGGACUUGUCUAUUCAAUUUAUCCUGGUAUUGCGCCUGGUAUGAUUGUACCAUUCUAUCUCAUUGAUAAGAUUGAAAUGGUACUUCUAAUUGCCACCAUAUUUCCACCUGUCAUAGUUGCCGCACUAAGAAGAUCUUUUUCAACUUGGGGCGAUAUUAGGUCUCCAAUGUGUAAAUGGGCCUCCGAUAGCUUAGGCCAAGGUUCUGGUAUUUUUUGGCACGCCUUUGAUCUUCUAAUGGUCAUCAAAAUUUUUCUAGCUGCCAUAUUUAUUUACUGUUUGCAUUACAGAGAAUCCGCCAUAUCCCAUUCAAUCAUCAAUCAACCUAAGAUGUCUACUUUCCUAUCCAUUAUAUUCUACAUGUGUCAUGAAUGCCUAUUGGCCUUAGGAUUUCCAGGUAUGGUAGGAGCUAAUUUAGGAGGUGACCUGGUAUUGAUACCACAAUACAUAGGAGCGCUAUUUAUGAUCUUCCUAGCAUUUUAUUCUGAAGGCUACCUAAUUGAAUAUAAGAUUCAUUAUCUUCAUCAUUGA